AUGUGCAGUCAUGGGGGAAUGUUUAUACCCCUGCGUGGGUCUGCUGAAGGUGGAUUGGCCUCCCUUACAGGUCAUGGCCAAUCGAGCAUUGUCAUGUUCCUGGCACCUUUCAAGUUCUGCCUGCAGUACACGCGCAAGGCCGAGUUCCGCAAGCUCUGUGACAACCUGCGGAUGCACCUGGGGCAGAUCCAGCGCCACCACAACCAAAGCACAGCCAUCAACCUCAACAACCCCGACAGCCAGUCCAUGCACCUGGAGACCAGGCUCGUGCAGCUGGACAGUGCCAUCAGCAUGGAGCUGUGGCAGGAAGCUUUCAAAGCAGUGGAAGAUAUCCAUGGACUAUUUGCACUGUCUAAGAAACCACCCAAACCACAGCUGAUGGCGAACUACUAUCACAAAGUUUCAACUGUCUUCUGGAAAUCAGGAAAUGCUCUUUUUCAUGCGUCCACCCUUCACCGACUGUAUCACUUAUCAAGAGAAAUGCGAAAGAAUCUCACCCAAGAGGAGAUGCAGAGGAUGUCUACCCGAGUGCUUUUGGCCACGCUGUCAAUCCCUAUAACUCCUGAGAGGACCGACAUCGCCCGCCUGCUGGACAUGGACGGCAUCAUCGUGGAGAAGCAGCGGCGCUUGGCGACGCUGCUGGGGCUGCAGGCGCCGCCCACACGUGCCAGCCUCAUCAAUGACAUGGUCAGGUUCAACGUAGUGCAAUAUGUUGUCCCAGAAGUGAAAGAGCUUUACAAUUGGCUUGAGGUAGACUUUCACCCGCUCAAGUUAAGUGCCCGUGUCAGCAAGGUUCUCAACUGGGUGAAAGACCAAGCUGAAAAGGAACCGGAACUGCAGCUGUAUGUUCCUCACCUGCAAAACAAUACCAUUCUUCGCCUUCUGCAGCAGGUGGCCCAGAUUUACCAGAGCAUUGAGUUUGCUCGCCUGUGCACGCUGGUUCCUUUCGUGGAUGCGUUCACGCUGGAGCGCUGCAUCGUGGACGCCGCCAGGCACUGUGACCUGCAGGUUCGCCUUGAUCACACCACCAGGACCCUGAGUUUCGGUUCAGAUCUGAAUUACUGUACUAGAGAGGAUGCCCCACUAGGCCCUCAGCUCCAAAGCAUGCCUUCUGAGCAAAUCAGAAACCAGCUGACUGCCAUGUCCUCGGCUCUGGCUAAGGCUCUUGCAGUCAUUAAGCCUCCUCACUUAAUGCAAGAGAAGGAGGAGCAGCAUCAGCUGGCGGUCACCGCCUUCUUGAAGAACUCGCGGAAGGAGCAUCAGCGCAUCCUGGCGCGCCGUCAGACCAUCGAGGAGAGGAAGGAGCGCCUGGAGAGCCUCAACAUCCAGAGGGAGAAGGAGGAGCUGGAGCAGCGGGAGGCAGAGCUGCAGAAGGUGCGCAAAGCUGAAGAGGAGAGGCUGCGCCAGGAGGCCAAGGAGAGGGAGAAGGAGCGGAUCCUGCAGGAGCAUGAGCAGAUCAAAAAGAAAACCGUUCGGGAGCGCCUGGAGCAGAUCAAGAAAACUGAACUGGGAGCCAAAGCCUUUAAAGAUAUCGAUAUUGAGGAUCUUGAAGAAUUGGAUCCUGACUUCAUUAUGGCUAAACAAGUCGAGCAGCUGGAGAAAGAGAAGAAGGAACUUCAGGAACGUCUGAAGAAUCAGGAGAAAAAGAUCGACUACUUUGAAAGAGCGAAGCGCUUAGAAGAAAUUCCUUUAAUAAAGACUGCAUAUGAGGAACAAAGGGUGCAUGAUAUGGAGCUCUGGGAGCAACAGGAAGAAGAAAGGAUCACCACCCUGCAGCUGGAGCGUGAGAAAGCCCUGGAGCACAAGAGCAGACUCUCCAGGAUGCUGGAGGAUAGAGAUCUGUUUGAAGCCAGGCUCAAAGCAUCCCGAAGAACAGUGUAUGAGGAUAAGCUGAAGCAGUUCCAGGAGCGGUUGGCAGAAGAGAGGCGGAAUCGCCUGGAGGAGCGCAAGAAACAGCGCAAGGAGGAGAGACGGAUCACCUACUACAGGGAGAAGGAGGAGGAGGAGCAGAGAUUACGAGAGGAGCAGCUGCUUAAAGAGCGCGAGGAGAAGGAGCGCAUCGAGCGCGAGAAGCGCGAGCAGGAGCAGCGGGAAUACCAGGAGAGGGUCAAGAAACUGGAAGAGCUGGAGAAGAAAAAACGUCAGAGGGAGAUGGAGAUCGAGGAGAGGGAGCGCCGUCGGGAGGAGGAGAGGAGGGGCCUGGAUGACCCGUUUUCAAGGAAGGAGUCUCGCUGGGGUGACAGGGAGUCUGAAAGCUCCUGGAGGAGAGGUGGGGAGCCAGAAUCUGAGUGGCGUCGAGCACCAGUGGAAAGAGAUUGGCGUCGAGGAGAUCCAAGGGAUGAUGACAGGCCCUUCCGGCGAGGGGAUGAUCUGCCCCGCCGGGGGGAUGAUCUGCCCCGCCGGGGUCCUGCGGAGGAAAAGGAACGUCCUUCCACCGACUCAGCGGAGGACAGGCCACCCAGGCGAGAAGGGGACGAGGACAGGCCUCCUAGGCGGGAAGGGGAAGAGGACAGGCCGCCCAGACGUGGGUUGGAUGAUGACAGGCCGCCCAGGCGCGCUCUGGAUGAUGACAGAGGGAGCUGGCGAGCUGCGGAUGACGACAGGGGUCCCAGGCGCGGAAUGGAUGACGACAGGCCACCCAGACGUGCUAUGGAUGAUGACAGGGGUCCCAGGCGUGGAAUGGAUGAUGACAGGCCACCCAGACGUGCUUUGGAUGACGACAGGGGUCCCCGGCGCGGGCUGGACGACGACAGGCCCCCCCGGCGCGGCUUGGACGAUGACAGAGGGAGCUGGCGAGCUGCGGACGACGACAGAGGGCCCCGGCGUGGGAUGGAUGAUGACAGGCCGCCCAGACGGGCUCUGGAUGAUGACAGGCCACCCAGGCGCGGGCUGGAUGAUGACAGGGGCAGCUGGAGAGCUGCAGAUGACGACAGGGGUCCCCGGAGGGGCAUGGAUGAUGACAGGGGUCCCCGGCGCGGGCUGGAUGACGACAGAGGGCCCAGGCGGGGCAUGGAUGACGACAGGGGUCCAUGGCGCAACGCUGACGAUGACAGGCUCUCCAGGAGAGAUGAUGACAGGGGUCCAUGGCGUAGUGGUGAUGAUUCGAGGCCAGGUCCUUGGAGGCCAUUUGGCAAACCAGGGGGAUGGAGAGAAAGAGAGAAGGCCCGUGAGGACAGCUGGGGCCCUCCCCGAGACUCCAGACCUUCAGGAGACCGGGAGUGGGACAGAGACAAAGAGCGGGAUGAAAACGAGAAGGACCGCGAGUUCGACAGGGAGAGGGAUUUCGAUCGAGACGAUCGGUUCAGGCGCCCCAGGGAUGAUGCUGGCUGGAGAAGAGGCCCAGCUGAGGAAACCUCGAGCUGGAGAGAUUCGGGUCGCCGUGAGGAAUGGGACAGAGGUGGCCGUGACAUGAGGGACCGACGCGGCGAUGACAGAGAGCCUCCCCUCAGGAGAGGACCCCCCCUCAGAUCCGAGCGGGAAGAACCGAGCUCCUGGCGCCGCGCCGAUGACAGGAGAGAGGAGCGGGGAGAGGAACGGGAGCCAGUCCGGAGAGCAGCCCCUGCUCCCGCUGCUGCUCCAGCUUCUGCUCCCCCAGCGGCAUCCAAAGAGCGGGAGAGAGACGGGGACAAGGAGAAGGGCUCCUGGAAAGCAGAGAAGGAGCGGGAGCCCGUGCGCCGCACCAAGAACGAGACAGAUGAGGAAGGGUGGACCACUGUACGACGUUAAGUGGGAAUCACAGAGUUUAACCGAUGUUUUAGCUUUGAUCUGAUGGAAUCCAGAUUAUAUUUGUGCUUAUAAACAUUCUCGAUUGGAAUUCUUUAACCGAUGUUUUUGAGGUAACAUGAAAGCAUGAAUUACUUACUCAUAUAGAUUGAUCAUGCACAAAACUCACAGCAGAAGGUUGGAAAUUUGGAACGCCAGUUUUUGAAAUUUCAAAUGAUGCUUAUUUCAUGGGUCAUUUGUUGCUAAAAUAAAAAGAAGCAAGCCCAACAGCUGUCUUCAGUACAGCUUCCAUUUCGCACCAGAAGAGGCUGCCCUUUUUAUUUGGAGUCUUUCUUAGUUUGGAAUGGGGUAUUAUCGUCACAGAACACGCAUUUGAAAACACCUCUGUUCACAGAGUGGAAUUAUUGAAAAAGCAGAGCUAAAUUAAUUUGCAUAAUUAGCCAAAAAAAAUAGGAAAGCCCUCUUUUACGUAGGUAUCUUGGAGGGCAGGUGGUUUCUGAGACUUCUUUUAUCACUAUCUAAAUUCAGUAAGCUGUUUAAAUUUGAAUUAAAUACAAUAAACAUUAUGAGCAUUAGCUACACUGGGAUAUUUUCUGUAGAGUUACUUGAAGCCAUCACGCCUCUGAGGCCAUUUUGCAGUCAUAGUUUCCAGUAAUGUAUACACUGCUGCAGUGUACAAUCCAACUUGCAGCUUUCACCAUUUCAGUGUUUUGGUCAGCAUAGGGCUAUGUAUUUUCUGUUGCCAAUAUCACAACUGCUUUUUCCAUUACUGGAUAAUUCAUGCCUUUCAAGGGGUUUUAAAUAUUGUCAUAUUUAAAAUGUGUGGUUUUGGAGAAAUUGUUCGAUUUCCCCCCGAUUCUUUGCCUUCAGGGUCAAUUCUUUCCCUUUCCAAAAAAAAAAGUGAUUUGUAGUAAUGGCUGUGUUGACUUCCAAGCUGGGGUGCGGUAACAACGAUUAGGGAUCUGAUCACACUGAAGCCAACACAGAACUUGCUGCUGUGUGUUUCUUCAAUGAUAAAUAAACAACUUAAGGAAUUAA